UACCGUCAGUCUCUAGCCGAACUAACUCAACGCUAGUUGAGGGCGCCUGUCAUUGUGUGUCUGUGUUUUUUUUUUUCUUCGGCGUGGUUUGAUUGGAAUUCCAAUCAACUCUCAGCAUUUUUUCCCCCCUUGCCUUAGUGAUUUCUUAAACGGCUUUUUCCUUAUUUCCUGGUUGUAUUGUGUAUGUCUGAGUUCAUGUCGGCUUUCUCUCCUUGGAGCUAGCAAACCUCCCAAAAAAAGAGUGUUAUUUCAUGGCUUGGCGAAGGCGUAUUUACUCCCCCCUGAGCAAAAUAGUGUCUGUGCAAGUGUGUGUCUUUUAAGGUAUUUUGCAUUUGCCGUUUUGGAGUGUGUGUACUCCAACCUUUGAUCACAAAACUUGCCAACUGUGUGCGUUUGUCUGUCAGCAACCCCCGAGUAUCGAUUUGUUCUUCCAAAGGGUGGGGUUGCUAGCUUUCUGAGCCGGUUGUUGGGACUGUACACAACAAUUGCCCAAGGAGCGAAUUUAAAAAAAAUUCAAGUCUUCGUCGUAAUACCCGUCACGAAUGCAAAUCGAAUCUAAAGUGACAGAUGUUAACAUCAUGGCUGCUAGGUAAUGGCGAACUCGUGCUCACCGAGUAGACAACAAACAACGAUCCAGCUGUGAUAUCAACAAAGGAAAUAAAUCAUACAACAUCCGGCCAAGUCGUGACAACCAUCGCCGACCCCUUAACUCCACUGCUGCCAUGGAGACGAUUGGCGUGAUUGAAGCAGUGCGUCCUCGAUUGGAAGCCACGGCGCGACAGGCUGCAGCACCUUUACCUGCUGUUCAUCUCCACACUCCUUCGCAGAGUCCCAUUUCCACACCAAAAUUUGGCCACCAACGAAAUUUGAGUUUGGAUUUCCGUUCAAUGGGCAUUAUUCUUCCGCCUCUGUCUGCCACCAUUCAGCCUCACAACGGAUCGAGACAUCAAAGAAAUCGGAGUUUAGAUUCUGUCCUACAAAAGAUUCCCGAAUCCGAGUCUGACGGACCUGUCUCGGUCGCCACAGGAGACGGCCUUCAUCAUCAUCCCCAUCACGGAUCGGUCGAUCAAGCCGGUCUUCCUCAUCACGGUCAUCCACCGCUGAAACCAUCUCUAUCCUUAUCUCUCGAUCCGUGCAGUAAUCUGUUCCGCUUUAAAGACACGCGAAGAGAAAAAUUUGGUAGCGUUUGCGGUAGAGCUGAGCCGGUUGUUCAAUCGGGUCGUUUGCCGGAUUCGGCUUCCUCCAGCCCAGUGCUGGCUGCUCGUUUGACUGAAUUGCGGACGGGUGUGCUCAUUGCCCAAGUUCCGAUCACGACCGCCAGCUCAUCGCCCAAUUUUGAUCAAUCAAGUCUCGGCUCGGAUGAUUCCGGUAUUUGCUGCUCGGCCAGUGGUGGUGAAAAAUUACGUUUGACCCGCAGCGCCGAGUACCUCGAAGACGAUGAUGCCAUGAUGCAGUUUGACGAAUCAAAAAGUGUCGAAUCGGAAGAAAUGGAAUUUGCACCCGAAACACCGGUUACUUCUCAUCCGGAAGCAGAUGCAUCGCGUGUUUCAGAGGACGAAACAAAUGCCGAUCAUACAAAGUUGUCUGCCAUAGCCACUAAGACGGGCGAAGAUGGCGCAGGAGGGAAGCAAUCUUUAUUAUUGCGUUGGUUCGAAUCAAAAUUGUUUGAUAUGUCGUAUGCCGUCAUGUAUCUCUUCAACUCAAAAGAAUCUGGAGUUCAGACGUAUAUUGGCAAUCGAGUGUUUAGCUAUCCACCGCGUGAUGUCGAUUUCUACUUACAACAACUCGUCAACAUGUACAUCCACAUGCACGACGUGGCCGAAGUUAUUCAUCCCUACCUGGUUCAUCGGUGUCGUGAAUCGGUUGAUUUCUCGCUUCAGUGCGCUUGGCUGCUGGAUGCAUAUUCAUCGGAUGCCUCGUUGCCCACUCAGAAAAAGUCACAUGGAACCAAGCUCAAAAAUCUGAUUUUGUCUGAAGAACUACGUCCCGUUCCUGUAGCAUCGACUGCCAAGCCGGCUAAGACCAGUAAAGCUCAUCUUACGGUCAAAAUUGCCCCACUCUCGACCAAGGGCGUGCAUCAACAUUCAUUUGAAAAGGAGAACGUGACAAACUUACCGCUUCAACUGGCCAAGAAAACACACCAGCGUUCCCGCAGUGACGCGACCGUGAUGAUGAAACUGGGCCAUCGUCGAACACCGUCAAGUGGUAGCACUAAAAACUGCAUCGGUGAUUUGCAAUCGGGUCGUGCCUUUGAUAAUGGAUGCACUUGCUUCGAUGCCGAAAGUGCUGAAUUUGCUCGUAAAACGGCCUGUGUUUGUCUCGCUCCACGUCUCCUUCCACAGCUGGAAUUUAUUAAAGCGCUGAUUAAUAUCGGCAAGCGUCUUGGAGCGCAGCAAAGCAAAGAGGAAAAAACUAGUCGAUUGGUGGCUGAGCUACGGACGCUGAAUCUCAACCUGCCGGCCCGCGUCUGGCUACCUAUUCAUUCAGAUGCUCCCCAUUUAGUGGUGCGCAUCCCACCGGAAUCGGCCGUCGUCCUGAAUUCUAAAGACAAAGCCCCUUACCUUCUCUACGUUGAGGUUUUGUUAGUCGAACAGACGCAGACUUGCUCCAUUCCAGCUAAAAUCAGUGCCACGGCAGCUGCAUCAUUAAGACACACGCGCUCCGAAGAGAACCUCCUCGAUCACCAUCCUCUUCACCACAAUUUGGCCGACUCGAUUGGCCACGGCAGUCUCGUUCCGUCAAUUAAAGAAUCGAUUACAGGAAUUCCGGUCGCCGCUUUCCAGAUCUACGACGACCUUAGCGAUGCCUGGUCACAAGAAGAUGACGAAAUCUCUGACCAAUAUCUCCAUCUCAGAUUGUCUCAUAAGGAUCGAGGAGAUACGCUGUCUCAAAUGAGCCAAGAUUCUAGUGAUUCUCGAGAACGAGAACCGAUUUUCAUCCAAGCAUCCGACAUUCGACGAAGAUUGACCGAUAGUCUUAAUGCUCCCACUAAAUCUUUCCAACGUGAUCCGGAAGAUCCUUCGGCAGCCGCUCUUAAAGAACCGUGGGAAGAGAAAGUGGCACGAAUUCGAGAAUCGUCUCCUUAUGGCCAUCACAGCAAUUGGAAACUCUUGCCGGCCAUUGUCAAGUGUGGCGAUGAUUUGCGGCAAGAACUGCUGGCUUAUCAAAUUUUACUCCAGUUGCAUCGCAUCUGGGAAACGGAGCGAGUUCCACUUUGGCUCAGACCUUAUCGAAUAUUGGUAUUAUCUAAUGAUUCUGGAAUGAUCGAGCCGAUCGUUAACACCGUUUCACUACAUCAAAUAAAAAAACACAGUCGUAUGUCGCUGUUGGAAUACCUUCUCCGAGAACACGGACCAACCAAUUCGGAGGCAUUCCUCACGGCGCAACGACAUUUUGUCGAGAGUUUGGCAGCCUACAGCUUAGUGUGCUACCUCGUGCAGGUGAAAGAUCGACACAACGGCAAUAUCCUAUUGGACACUGAAGGCCACGUCAUUCACAUCGAUUUUGGCUUCAUGUUGUCGACGUCACCCAAGAACUUGGGUUUCGAGAAUUCACCGUUCAAGCUGACGCAAGAGUUUGUCGACGUUAUGGGUGGUCAGGGUUCGGACAUGUUUGAAUACUUUAAAAUUCUGAUGCUACAAGGUUUGGUAGCGGCACGUAAGCACUCGGACAAAAUAGUGUCGUUGGUUGAAAUUAUGCGUUCUGGGUCACAGUUACCUUGCUUCAAGGCCGGAGCGGCCACCGUGUCGGCGCUCAAGAGCCGAUUCCAUUUAGGAUUGACGGAGGAAGAGCUCCAGCUCAAGGUCGAUCAUAUGGUCGAAACUUCCAUGCAUUCGCUCACCACGCGGCUCUACGAUGGCUUUCAAUAUUUCACCAACGGAAUUCUCUAAACCAGAUCAAUUGUUCAUCGUGUUUUUAUUUUGUUUGUUUUUUUUCUCCCCCACCUGCUAAAGAGGAUGGACUCGCCUACGGGAAGAAAAAAAAAAAAAAGAAACUCUUGCAACACUGGGGACCAUCUUUGUUGUCUCUUAUGGAUAAGAAAGUUCACACGGCUACCAGAGGAUAUUGGUUGUUUAGUCCUAUGACUGGGCAUUUCGUCAGAGCGAUUUAUUUCACGAUAAACGAAACAUUUCCUGUUUUAUUGCUUUGGUGUCCCCUCCGUAACAUCUUGCACGUCUUAGUUGUGUUAUCGUCUUUGCGGUCACGUUGUGCUCAAUCUUUCUUUGGGGAGGGAAACGCGACGGAGGAGUGGUUUUGAAACUUAACUUCGAGAUUCAUUCAAUGUGUAAACUAAACGUCAAACACGUCGCAUUGAAGUGCGGAUCAAGUCACUCUUCUGCAAGUUCCCUUUCAUUCGUCCUUCAAACAUUUAACCAACGACUCGGCUUGUGUGUCUGUAGAUAACGUUGUAGUGCCGAAGUUUCGGUCGUCUUCGUUUACUCCCCCUUAUUUUUUAUUUGCCUCGUUAUCUUCUAUGCUGCCUUCUUUCAGUUUCUCGCUUUGCUUCAUUACUGUCGUUCGGUUUUUUUUUUUUGUCUGGCUUUAUUUUGCAGAGAGGGAAAAGCGCCAUCAUCGUUUGGAACGUUUGCAACACCUUGUUGGCCUGUGAUGAUUACAUUUUCAGACAAACAAUGCAAUUUAAAAUAUUCGGUAUAUCUUUUUUUUUUUUUUUUCAUAAUCCAAUCGUUCCCAGGGCUGCUUAGCCAGCAUGAUUUAUGCAGGAAUAUAUUUCAAAAACUGCUGAUUCCGAUCUACGGCGUCCAUAUCUGAUAAGGUUUUAUAUCUGAAAUCCACAACGCAGAAAAACGCCAUAAUUAUUGUAACGGCUAAUUGCACCGUUGUUGCACUUAUUUCUAAUUAGUCUUUUAAUAUAAAUGCGUUCAUUUUUUGGUUUGUUUCUUUCUUCCUGUUUUUUCUCCUCUUGCAGUGGUUUCUCGUGUGUUAUUUCUAAUCCAGUUCGUCCGAUUGCUUGCCCUUCGUUUUCCGUCGUUGUCGCUACCUCUUUUUUCGACUGUAUAUUUUCAUUCGCAUGGAUCGAAGUUGAGCUGGGAAAUGGUUGAAAUAAAAGUGCCAAUAUUUCAAUGAGA